CAGGCCCCACGGCGCUCACUGCCCCGGCAUCAUGUCCCGCUCGGAGGAGGUAAACCGGCUCACGGAGAACGUCUAUAGGGCGAUUCUGGACCAAUUCAACCCCAGUCUAAGGAAUUUUGUUACUAUGGGAAAGAACUAUCAGAAAGCACUCUCAGGAGUUACAGUGGCUGCCAAGGGUUAUUUUGAUGCCUUAGUGAAACUCGGCGAGUUGGCCAGCGACAGCCAAGGAUCCAAGGAGUUAGGUGACACGUUGUUCCAAAUGGCCGAGGUUCACCGUCAGAUCCAAGUGCAGCUGGAAGAAACGCUGAAGCUUUUCCACUCGGAGCUGUUAUCCCAGCUAGAACACAAACUGGAACUGGAUAUCAAGUAUCUGAUGGCCACCCUGAAGAAAUACCAAGGCGAGCACCGUGCCAAAGCAGAGUCCAUUGAAAAGUGUCAGACGGAGCUGAAAAAACUGCGCAAGAAGUGCCAGAAUAGCAAAAACCCACAGAAAUACGGGGAUCGCGAGGUGCAGUACGUGGAGAUCAUGAGCACCAAACAGAGCGAACUGGAUCGAUUCGUGGCUGAAGGCUACAAGGCAGCCCUGACGGAGGAGAGGCGCCGGUACUCUUUCCUGGUGGACCGCCAGUGUGCAGUCUCCAAACACUUCAGCAACUAUCACACUAAGGUACGGGAGCUGCUGGCAGCCAAGUUGCCCAUCUGGCAGACGUCAUGCACUCAACCCACCCGCUUACCAGAGCGGGCCCUGGCCCUGGUCAAGCUCACAGCCAAUAACCUCUCUGGUGGGACUCCCAUACCAGCCACUGAUGCCCUCCCUGGCUCCAAGGUCCUGGAAGAGCUCUCGGAGCUGGGGCCAAACCACCGUGCCUCAGUCCAGGAGGUGAUGCCGUUACCAAAUGGCGACUCACACCGUGGGCGGGGAUCUCGGGACUUGGGGCACCCGCCGGUCACCGAACCCCUCACCAUUACAUCAGGUCUGCCACCCACACAAACCACUCAGGCCCCUCUACAGACCAAGACCGCUGACAGCUAUUCCUGCACCCUGCCAAUGCCACGCAAAAUGUCAAUGGAGACCCGCCUGGCGACGCUGGUGGAGAACAAAACCCUGCCCCGCAUCAAUCCUCUGUCGGUCCUUCCUCCACGGUCUGAACGGCGGAGGGUCCAGGCGAUAUUCUCGCAUGCAGCAGGAGAGAACAGCACCCUGCUCAACUUCCAAGAGGGAGACAUCAUUCUUUUAUUAGUGACCGAGGCACGGGAUGGCUGGCAUUAUGGGGAAAAUGAGGCAACCAAAAUGAAAGGCUGGUUUCCUUUCUCCUACACCCGGCCCUUCCCCCCAGCCGAAGGGUCUGACAAACCGUUCAGCAGCUUCCCACUUAGCAAGAUGAACAGUAGCAGCACAGGAAAUUUGGACCGAGCUGGGUCUCCCCCCAUUGGGCCCGACGGUGGCGACGGCCCACGCUUCGGGCCUUCACCGCGUGCCGGUGCAUCCCGCCAGCGCCCUUACAGCAUGCUGAACCCAGACCUGUCGCAGCUAGCAAAUGAAUUUGGCAGUCCAAGUGGCUCCCUGUCAAGGACCAACCCAUUUGCUCACAUCAAGCUGAAGCGUACGGUGACCAACGACCGCUCAGCUCCGCUCAUCCAGUGAGAGGUGUGGCGAUUGGUGGAGCCAGAUUGCUGCACCCACUUCCUCUUUUGACCCCACCGUGUGGCCUUUCCUACCUAACAAAGCAUUCCUGGCUUGGAGUCGGCGCCACAGGCCAGACCAGGCCUGCCUCCUCAUCACCCCUCUAGUUGCCAUUGAGAGUAUUGGGCACGGACUGUUGUGUGUUGCGCUCGGUGGCAGAGAUUUCCUGCAGGGGACACAAGCCAACAGCAGAAGGACAGAGAACGGGACAGAAGAAGGCAAGCACAGGUGUAAUAGUUGGAGGAACAGAGGCAGAAGAAAGAUCGAGGAUGUGGGACUGGAGGUCAGAUGGAAGAAGAAGAAAACUAGGGUAGAUAGAGGAGGACUCAGAGCCACUUCUCACAUUGCAAAAAAAAUUUAAGGAAGGCACGUCACUAGAUCUGGGCAUGUGGAUGCAAUUAAUGUUCCUUGGAACUCAGUGGCAAAGUUCCCUUUUUAAAAAAUUGUAUCUAAGUUGCACCCUCAUAUUUUGAAGUAAGGCCCCAUCAUUUCAGUGGUAUGUAUUCCUAAGUAAGGCAUUUCAGACCAGAUUGAAAGUGAGGUAUGGUUAAAUCUCAUUAGAAGCAGUGCGAUUUAAGAAUUCCUGACUUCCCUGAGCCUUAAAUUUGCCUCACUUUCUCUGGAAUUUGUGUGUACAGAGCAUGGGUUCAACUGCCCAGGUGGCUCCCUUGAUGGCUGCAGUUGUGAUAGCCUGGUCCUUCGAAAUUUUAGCCCCUUAAUGGCAAUAAACAUCAUGUAAGGGGUACAGUAGAUCCCUUGUGGUUAAAAAGGCUGCCUAUGGUGAGAUCAUCCCACAGAGGGACCACUAACAGGAAGUCCCCCGGGUCUACCCCUGCAGUAUAGAAUUUAGAGAUUUCAGGACUGAGAAGGGGAGAAUAGUUUGGGAGAGAGAGGAAAUGGGUGAUCAUUGCAAACGGAAUUUGGGAAAGGCUGAAUUCAAGGCUGAAUCUCACUUUCAACAUACAACGUACAUCAGUCAGUUACGCAACAUCACUUGGCAGCUGAAUGUGUGAACUGACUCCAUUGAAAAGCAUUGCAUUGGAAGGGAUAUGAAAGUUGUUUCUGCAAUAUAUUAGGUAUGCAUUGGCCUACUAAUACAUAUGAAUUCCUCACUUCGUAAUUGCCUUCUUCGAGCGGUAAACAUACCCACUUUCGGCAGCCCUUGGCUACUUGAGGGUGAAUAGAUGAGCAGUCUCCACUGACAAGUCAUUAACUACAGGCUGUAUGAAAACGCUGUUGGCAUUUGAUCUACAGUGGCUGCUUGAGACUGAGAGACAACUAGCCCAUCAUUAUAAUCUGUGCAGGGCAACGAGGUGUGUUAAAGAGGAACUGGGAUUUAUGUUUCCUGGGUUUUCUGGAAGUGCAGUGGUUGCUGAGCUAUUCUCCGUGGGCGGCUGGGUAGUCCACAGACCUCGCCGAAGCGGUUCACACGGCUAGGGAGCUUUGACUGCUCUUCAACCAGAAGUUGCAAUACUUUCACAGAAAAACAACGCCGACCAUCUCCCCAAUAGCCCUUCAUUUUCCUCAUGUGUUCACCAUGUAAUUUAUAUUGAUUUGUGUAGCAGAUUUAACCAUAACUUCAGCACAUUAGGAUAUAUGGCCAUCUGCGAGAAUAGAUUUUGUCAUCGUCCCAACAUAAUGUAAUGAGACGUAGAUAGAAAACUCAGGAGUCAGGACUCCUGAGUUUUUUGGAGAGGUAGCUAACUAGAGAAAGGCAUCUGGGAAAUGUUAAAAUAAUUGAGGAUGUUUCUUAACUUCAGUUGCUGGGAGAAGAAAACAAUCUGCAGCAAUAUGCAUGUCUUGGGGAACCAAAAUGCAGGCAUUUUGGUCAAAACCCAAGCUGACUAAUUCAGAUGCAAACAUUUUGCCUGAAGCAGUUAUUUCUCUUUUGAGAAAGGGGCAUGUUGUCCCAUUUCCUAUGCGGUGCCUUCAUGCCAUCAAGCCACACAUUUUAAGGACUGGCAUGCUGCCCCCUGUGGGCAAAGAUGUGCCAUUGCAGACUCCCUGUCCUGGCCACUUUGUCUUGGUCCUUGACCUUGCCUCCAUCUCCCCCAGUUUCUGGAAACGUCCAUGGCCCAUCCCUCUUUCAGACCUGGGAUAAGCAAUCACGAAAGCAAUACCUCUGUUGAUGUUCACAACUCCAUAGCAAAUCAAUGGCCUUUGCCACAGGGGCCAGGAAGGGUUGAAAGAACCACAGCCCUUUGGACAUGUGGUCAGAGCUUGUCAAAGCAGGAGAUAAAAUGUUUCAGCUGUGUAAAUGGGUUCCGUGUGGGGUGGCAAGGACCCCUCCUCAGCCAUUCUGUCGCAUCCCCUUGUAUACUUUGCAAUAUUGGUUGUCCUUGGAUGUUGAUUGACAUUCAGGGUGGGUGCAAUUGGCAGCAUUAAAACUUACAGUGGGUGGUUGAAAUGGCAAGGUCAGCAAAAUGAGCUACAGAGAAGUAGCUGCCCAGCUGUGUGAUAUGUUUUCAAAAAUUGGCAUAUAAGACCAGUGUUUGGCUUGGAUAGGGUUAGGGAAAUGGCAUAUGGAUAAGGCCAAAUUGGAUCCACGAGAACGGUGUGAAGAAGGCUAACUGGUUUUGUGCCCUCGUUUUAUGUUUCUGGCGUAUCAUCCAAAGCUGAAACUUGCUCAUCUCCUCUGCUAUGAGAUGUGUGUGCGCCAGAUGCUGGGGAAGUCCACAUGUGCAAGGCAAGGCAAGGGGGGUGCUGCAGUUCCUCCUUGGGAUAUGGCACCAGAAGUGUGAAAAGUGAAUGCGUGUCCCCUCUGCCCUCCGUUUCCAUGUAAUGUCUGAAGCUGCUCUCCUUCACAGAAAUUCCCAGUAGGACAGCUGUCACCAGUUUGCUAGGACAACUACUUCUUGUACUAUGGACAACCAAAUAUAGAAUGCUUUUUUGGGGUGAGGGUGGGGAAGAGGAAUAAAAUGUGGGAUUUGGGUGUGGCUAUACAAUUGCAAAUGUCCUUUAUGAAAUAACCAGCUGCAGAAUUUUCUGUAGCAGAUUGUUGAUCGCAGAAUGUGAUACAUUAUCUAAAACCUAUGCAGCUGGGAAGUGUGCCUUAUUAACAGCAAAUGCCUAAUUUCACCAUACUCACAGCCACGGGCUUAGCCAGGAUUUAUGUUAGGGGUGGCAGGCUUUAUGUUGGGGGGCAGAACCCCCUCCACUAGAGAGAAAUGACCCAAAUCCCCAUGUUGGUUUUAUGUAUGCGUGUUUCUUCUUGUUUUGCAUGUUUUUGUAGAGUCAGUUCUGGGGGAUUUUGCAUUCUGGAUAUUUCUACUUGGAAAGCCUGUAGUGCAAGUUCAAAUUGCAGAAUUUCAUACCUGAGAUCAAAGUUUUCAAAUUCUGAGCAUGGAAAUGAUGUGAAAGUUUUUAUUUGGGGACAUUCUGCUUUGAAGGAAUGACAGAGAUGGCAACGUUUGAUGUGCAAGAGCACUCAUUGUAACACACUCAAACAAAAUCAGAGUUCUGCUGUUUGCUUUUAGAGGGGAAAGCAAAUUGAAUUCCAUUCCAGCUUAUGUGUGCUCUGUGGCCCCCAAGUGGAAAGAAUCCAUCCUGUCCCACUGCUUUGUUCGGUUGACAUAGUUCCAAGGGCAAAAAUGGGUCAGUGCUGGUGACUAGUUACAAGGUGGUGCCUUACCUUGAUGUGCGUGUAACAGCUGAGUAAACUGGUUUUGUUUUUGUUUGUUUCUUGUCCUUCUAAGUGGUGGGAAAAGAGGGAGUCUUCUUGCUGCAUCUGCAUCAGAUCAGAAAUCUAGGGAAGCAUCGGAUAGUAAAAUUCUCCUCCCUUCUCGGUAGGAUAAUAUAAGGCCAUUAGUUCAGCAAGUGUACCUCACAGCAAGUUACCCAUCAAUAAAUAGCUUUCUCUUUUUAUUUAAUGAGUCUGUGUUUGUGUGCGCACACAUGCACUCUAAAUAUGUACAAGUGUACAUAGCUGGGUGCUUGGUGUGGCUCUGAACAAAGUGUGGAAAGGAUAUGAUGUGUUCCAUUUGGGGGUAUCGGGCUUGUGUGUGUAUGCGUGUGUGCGCGUGUGUGUGUGUGUGUAAGAAGCAUCAUUGCAUAGGGACACAUGAGGUGUGCAGCUAUCCGUGGCCGUGGGAGGGAGUCUCUCAUUAGCUAUGUAUAUAUCUCUGUGUCGAUACUUCCUAAUUCUAAUAUUAAUAAAGUUUAAUAUAAACCUACUCCUGCUCCGGUUUUCUCAUUCUCUGGAAACCAAAUCUCACAGUGGGCCAGUCAAGGUAUGCAUGGGUAGCAGGGGGAAAUUGUGACAAGCACAA